ACACUAACGCCCAUUAAGUGGCAAUAGGAAAUGAAUCGAGUCGUGAAAUUAGUUGUCUCUCUGUACCACUGAGAGAAGAGACUCCCCCGCCACACCAGCAGCUCCUCCGCCUCUAUCCGCAUCCCUUCUGUCACACUUUGGGAUUUCAACUCUUUGCGUUUUCUCUCAAUCCGCUAGCUUUUAGAUUUAUUGUCUAUCCCUUUGCAUCGUCGAAAUGGCAACGCGAAUCGACAAAGAGGCUUGCAGGGACGCGUACAAUCUAGUGCGAGACGACAACUCCGAUAUAAGCUGGGCUGCUUUUAAGUAUGACGGAUCCACCAUUGUACCUGCUGGUCACGGGCCCGACUACGAAGAAUUUAAGAGUCUGUGUACAGAUGACGAUCGUCUCUUUGGUUUCGUGAGGAUCACGACUGGUGAUGCCAUGAGCAAGCGGGUCAAGUUCACCCUCAUCACCUGGAUCGGUGAGAACAUCAGUGGACUACAGAGAGCCAAGAUUAGCACUGACAAGACACUGGUCAAAGACAUCGUUCAGAACUUUGCCAAGGAGUUUAUGAUCAGUGAUCCGCGGGAGCUGGAGGAAGACUACCUUCGCAAUGAGCUGAAGAAAGCUGGCGGAGCCAACUACGAUGCCCAAGCCGAAUAGAACUUGGGGUUUCCACGGGGCUGGGGCAUCCAAACUGGAUGAGAAGGAAGAGGAAAACGUCAUCUCAUACAUGCAUCCACACACAAACGCAGACACGCACACAUCAACACAGAUUUACAUACCUCAUCCAUCUCACCAGUCUGGUCAUGGUUGAUUUAUCUACUGUACUGUGCAUCAUCUCACUUUGUCUUGUGCUAUGAGAUUGUCUUUUUCUUCAGGGGCAUUUUUGUAACCAAUUUGAUGUUUUGAGGAUGCUCCCUUGGCUCAGCGUUGUCAUCACUGUGAUACGCUUCUAUUCAAUAACAUUCUCGGUGAAAGAAAUGGAGAGCAUACGAGACCAACGUGGUUAAUUUAGGGUUUUUUAUGAAUCUUCAUCUCUCUGCUGACUCCUCUAAUACAGACCACUGUGUAUACUGUCUUAAUCUCCCAUGGAGAGAGAGACAUCAUGGAAUGUGUGCAUUUGUAUGUAUGUGUGUUUGCAGACACUCCACUGUGACUGGCUUUCAUGCAGGGGGUAAACGAACUUAUAACCACUGUUAUAAUCACUGUUUCGCUGUCUCUCCACCCAAUCAAGGAGCAGCCAUUUCUCUAGUGUAGCCUUUUUGGAGUUUAAUUUGAAAUAAAAUUCCCCAAAUGUCUUUUUUUUUUAAAUAUGUUAUGUUUAGUUACGGAAAAUAACAUGUGGAUCUUACUUUGGAUUGAAAUGCCUCCCAAGAGCCAAGAAAAGAAAUACGAUGGUCACAAAAGCAAUCAUUUCAGAAUAAAAUUGUUGUUUUUCCAA